GACCGCAGAGGUGGCCGCACCUGGGUGCUUGGAAAAGGACGGGGAUCCCCGCGCCCCCUCCCCGACUCCCGCUCCGGACGGCACCCCCAGACCAUGGCAGCAGUGACCCUGUCGGUGCCCGGGCGGAAGGCGCCCCCCAGGCCGGGCCCAGUGCCCGAGGCGGCCCAGCCAUUCCUGUUUGCGCCUCGCAGUGGGGGCUCGGGGGGACCGACGGCGGGGGGCGGCCCGCAGGUGGAGUGGACUGCGCGGCGCCUGGUGUGGGUGCCCUCGGAGCUUCACGGGUUCGAGGCGGCGGCACUGCGCGAUGAGGGUGAGGAGGAGGCUGAGGUGGAGCUGGCUGAGAGCGGCCGGCGGCUGCGGCUGCCCAGGGACCAGAUCCAGCGAAUGAACCCACCCAAGUUCAGCAAGGCAGAGGACAUGGCUGAGCUGACCUGUCUCAACGAGGCUUCCGUGCUGCACAACCUGCGCGAGCGCUACUACUCCGGGCUCAUCUAUACGUACUCUGGCCUGUUCUGUGUGGUCAUCAACCCCUACAAGCAGCUCCCCAUCUACACCGAGGCCAUCGUGGAGAUGUACCGGGGCAAGAAGCGCCAUGAGGUCCCACCCCACGUCUACGCCGUGACCGAGGGCGCAUACCGGAGCAUGCUGCAAGAUCGUGAGGACCAGUCCAUUCUCUGCACCGGGGAGUCUGGGGCUGGCAAGACAGAGAACACCAAGAAGGUCAUCCAGUACCUGGCCCAUGUGGCAUCCUCGCCCAAGGGCAGGAAGGAGCCGGGCGUCCCCACCUCCGUCAGCACCAUGUCCUAUGGGGAGUUGGAGCGGCAGCUGCUUCAGGCCAACCCCAUUCUGGAGGCCUUCGGCAAUGCCAAGACAGUGAAGAACGACAACUCCUCGAGAUUUGGCAAAUUCAUCCGCAUCAACUUUGACGUUGCUGGAUACAUUGUGGGCGCCAACAUUGAGACCUACCUGCUGGAAAAGUCCCGGGCGAUCCGCCAGGCCAAGGAUGAGUGCAGCUUCCACAUCUUCUACCAGCUGCUAGGGGGCGCCAGCGAGCAGCUCAAAGCCGACCUCCUGCUGGAGCCCUGCUCCCAGUACCGCUUCCUCACCAAUGGGCCCGCGUCCUCCCCCGGCCAGGAGCGGGAGCUCUUCCAGGAGACCCUGGCUUCACUGCGGGUGCUGGGCUUCACCCCCGAAGAGAUCACCUCCAUGCUGCGCACCGUGUCGGCCGUGCUCCAGUUUGGGAACGUGGUCUUGAAGAGAGAGCGGAACACGGACCAGGCCACCAUGCCAGACAACACAGCUGCACAGAAGCUCUGCCGCCUCCUGGGUCUGGGGGUGACCGACUUCUCCCGUGCCCUGCUCACACCCCGCAUCAAAGUCGGCCGGGAUUUCGUGCAGAAGGCUCAGACCAAGGAACAGGCUGACUUCGCGCUGGAGGCUCUGGCCAAAGCCACCUACGAGCGCCUCUUCCGCUGGCUGGUCCUGCGGCUCAACCGCGCCCUGGACCGCAGCCCGCGCCAGGGCGCCUCCUUCCUGGGCAUCCUGGACAUUGCUGGCUUCGAGAUCUUCCAGCUGAACUCCUUCGAGCAGCUGUGCAUCAACUACACGAACGAGAAGCUGCAGCAGCUGUUCAACCACACCAUGUUCGUGCUAGAGCAGGAGGAAUACCAGCGCGAGGGCAUCGCCUGGACCUUCCUGGACUUUGGCCUGGACCUGCAGCCCUGCAUCGACCUCAUCGAGCGCCCGGCCAACCCUCCUGGGCUCCUGGCCCUGCUGGAUGAGGAGUGCUGGUUCCCCAAGGCCACGGACAAGUCAUUCGUGGAGAAGGUGGCCCAGGAGCAGGGCGGACACCCCAAGUUCCAGCGCCCCCGCCAUCUGCGGGACCAGGCCGACUUUAGUGUCCUGCAUUAUGCGGGCAAGGUCGACUACAAGGCCAACGAGUGGCUGAUGAAGAACAUGGACCCCCUGAAUGACAGCGUCGCCUCCCUGCUCCACCAGAGCACAGACCGACUCACAGCUGAGAUCUGGAAAGAUGUGGAAGGCAUCGUCGGACUGGAGCAGGUGAGCAGCCUGGGGGACGGCCCCCCUGGCGGCCGGCCUCGCCGCGGGAUGUUCCGGACAGUGGGGCAGCUCUACAAGGAGUCCCUGAGCCGCCUCAUGGCCACUCUGAGCAACACCAACCCCAGCUUCGUCCGUUGCAUCGUCCCCAACCAUGAGAAGAGGGCCGGGAAGCUGGAGCCCCGGCUGGUGCUGGACCAGCUGCGCUGCAACGGCGUGCUGGAGGGGAUCCGCAUCUGCCGCCAGGGCUUCCCCAACCGCAUCCUCUUCCAGGAGUUCCGGCAACGGUACGAGAUCCUCACGCCCAAUGCCAUCCCCAAGGGCUUCAUGGAUGGAAAGCAGGCCUGCGAGAAGAUGAUCCAGGCCCUUGAACUGGAUCCCAACCUCUACCGCGUGGGACAGAGCAAAAUCUUCUUCCGGGCGGGGGUCCUGGCUCAGCUGGAAGAGGAACGCGACCUGAAGGUCACAGACAUCAUCGUGUCAUUCCAGGCAGCUGCUAGAGGCUACCUGGCUCGCAGGGCCUUCCAGAGGCGUCAGCAGCAGCAGAGCGCUCUGCGGGUGAUGCAGAGGAACUGCGCAGCCUACCUCAAGCUCAGGAACUGGCAGUGGUGGCGGCUCUUCAUCAAGGUGAAGCCCCUGCUGCAGGUGACACGGCAGGAUGAGGUGCUGCAGGCGCGCGCCCAGGAGCUGCAGAAAGUGCAGGAGCUGCAACAGCAGAGCGCCCGCGAAGUGGGGGAGCUCCAGAUCCGCGUGACACAGCUGGAGGAGGAGCGCACCCGCCUGGCCGAGCAGCUGCGAGCUGAGGCCGAGCUGUGUGCAGAGGCCGAGGAGACGCGGGGACGGCUGGCGGCCCGCAAGCAGGAGCUGGAGCUGGUGGUGACCGAGCUGGAGGCCCGAGUCGGGGAGGAGGAGGAAUGUAGCCGCCAGCUGCAGGCUGAGAAGAAGAGGCUGCAGCAGCACAUUCAGGAGCUGGAGACUCACCUGGAGGCGGAGGAAGGGGCGCGGCAAAAGCUGCAGCUGGAGAAGGUGACCACCGAGGCAAAGAUGAAGAAGUUUGAGGAGGACUUGCUAGCCCUGGAGGACCAGAACACCAAGCUAAGCAAGGAGCGGCGUCUGCUGGAGGAGCGCCUGGCCGAGUCCUCAUCCCAGGCUGCUGAGGAGGAGGAGAAGAUCAAGAGUCUCAACAAGCUGAGGCUCAAGUAUGAGGCCACGAUCGCAGACAUGGAGGACCGGCUGCGCAAGGAAGAGAAGGGGCGGCAAGAGCUGGAGAAGCUGAAGCGGCGGCUGGAUGGGGAGAGCUCCGAGCUUCAGGAGCAGAUGCUGGAGCAGCAGCAGCGGGCGGAGGAGCUGCGCGCGCAGCUGGGCCGCAAGGAGGAGGAGCUGCAGGCCGCCCUGCUCAAGGCCGAGGAGGAGAGUGGGGCCCGGACCCAACUGGUCAAAUCCCUCCGGGAGGUUCAGGCUGGUCUGGCAGAGGCCCAGGAAGACCUGGAGGCAGAGCGCGCGGCCAGGGCCAAGGCAGAGAAGCAGCGCCGAGACCUGGGCGAGGAGCUGGAGGCGCUGCGGGGCGAGCUGGAGGACACGCUGGACUCCACCAAUGCACAGCAGGAGUUGCGCUCCAAGAGAGAGCAGGAGGUGACAGAGCUGAAGAAGGCUCUGGAAGAGGAAGCACGGGUUCACGAGGUGGCGAUCCAGGAGCUGCGGCAGCGGCACGGCCAGGCGCUGGGAGAGCUGGCGGAGCAGCUGGAACAAGCCCGGAGGGGCAAAGGUGCAUGGGAGAAAACCCGCCUGACCCUGGAGACUGAGGUGUCUGAGCUGCGGACGGAGCUGAGCAGCCUGCAGACUGUGCGGCAGGAGAGUGAGCAGAAGAGGCGCCGCCUGGAGUCCCAGCUGCAGGAGAUGCAGGGCCGGGCUGGUGAUGGGGAGCGAGCCCGGGCUGAGGCUGCCGAGAAGCUGCAGCGAGCCCAGGCUGAAUUGGAGAACGUGUCUGGCGCACUCAGCGAGGCCGAAUCUAAGGCCAUCCGGCUGGCCAAGGAGCUGAGCAGCACUGAGGCCCAGCUGCACGACGCCCAGGAGCUGCUGCAGGAGGAAACCAGGGCUAAACUGGCUCUGGGGUCCCGCGUGCGAGCCAUGGAGGCUGAGGCAGCAGGGCUGCGGGAGCAGCUGGAAGAAGAGGCGGCUGCCCGGGAGCGGGCGGGCCGGGAGCUGCAGAGCGCCCAGGCCCAGCUCUCAGAGUGGCGGAAACGCCAGGAAGAGGAGGCCGGGGCACUGGAGGCAGGGGAGGAGGCGAGGCGCCGGGCCGCCAGGGAGGCUGAGACCCUGGCUCAACGCCUGGCAGAGAAGACUGAGGCAGCUGAGCGCCUGGAGCGGGGCCGCCGCCGGCUGCAGCAGGAGCUGGACGACGCCAUCAUGGAUUUGGAGCAGCAGCGGCAGCUUGUGAGCUCACUGGAGAAGAAACAGCGCAAGUUUGACCAGCUCCUGGCAGAGGAAAAGGCUGCAGUGCUGCGGGCGGUGGAAGACAGAGAGCGCGUGGAGGCCGAGGGCCGGGAGCGCGAGGCCCGGGCUCUGUCUCUGACUCGGGCUCUGGAGGAGGAGCAGGAGGCGCGGGAGGAGCUGGAGCGGCAGAAUCGGGCUCUGCGGGCUGAGCUGGAGGCCUUGCUGGGUAGCAAGGACGAUGUGGGCAAGAAUGUGCAUGAGCUGGAGCGCACCUGCAGGGUGGCGGAGCAAGCGGCCAGCGACCUGCGGACGCAGGUGACAGAGCUAGAGGAUGAGCUGACGGCCGCUGAGGAUGCCAAGCUGCGCCUGGAGGUGACUGUGCAGGCCCUCAGAGCUCAGCAUGAACGCGACCUGCAGGGCCGGGAUGAGGCCAGUGAGGAGAGGCGGAGGCAUCUGGCCAAGCAGCUGCGGGACGCCGAAGUGGAACGGGACGAGGAGCGGAAGCAGCGGGCCCUGGCCGUGGCUGCGCGCAAGAAACUGGAAGCGGAGCUGGAGGAGCUGAAGGCGCAGACAGCGACCGCGGGGCAGGGCAAGGAGGAGGCGGUGAAGCAGCUGCGAAAGAUGCAGGCCCAGAUGAAGGAGCUGUGGCGGGAGGUGGAGGAAACCCGCAGCUCCCGGGAGGAGAUCUUUGCCCAGAACCGAGAGAGUGAGAAGCGCCUCAAGGGGCUGGAAGCCGAAGUGCUGCGCCUGCAGGAGGAACUGGCAGCCUCGGACCGUGCCCGGCGACAGGCCCAACAGGACCGCGAUGAGAUGGCAGAUGAGGUGGCCAAUGGCAACCUCAGCAAGGCAGCCAUCCUUGAGGAGAAGCGGCAGCUUGAGGGGCGCCUGGGACAGAUGGAGGAGGAGCUGGAGGAGGAGCAGAGCAACGCCGAGCUACUGGGUGACCGCUACCGCAAGCUGCUCCUGCAGGUGGAGUCUCUCACCACAGAGCUGUCUGCUGAGCGCAGCUUCUCAGCCAAGGCUGAGAGUGGACGACAGCAGCUAGAGAGACAGAUGCAGGAGCUACGGGGACGCCUGGGUGAGGAGGACGCAGGGGCCCGGGCACGCCAGAAGAUGGUGAUCGCUGCCCUUGAAUCCAAGCUGGCCCAGGCAGAAGAGCAGCUGGAACAAGAGAGCAGAGAGCGGAUCCUCUCUGGCAAGCUGGUCCGAAGGGCUGAGAAGCGGCUAAAGGAGGUGGUUCUCCAGGUGGAGGAGGAGAGGAGGGUGGCCGACCAGCUCCGGGACCAGCUGGAGAAGGGGAACCUCCGGAUGAAGCAGCUGAAGCGGCAGCUGGAGGAGGCGGAGGAGGAGGCAUCCCGCGCGCAGGCCGGUCGCCGGCGGCUCCAGCGGGAGCUGGAGGACGUCACCGAGUCGGCGGAGUCCAUGAACCGCGAGGUGACCACACUCAGGAACCGGCUCCGGCGGGGCCCGCUCACCUUCACCACGCGCACCGUGCGGCAAGUCUUCCGCCUGGAGGAGGGCGUGGCUUCCGACGAGGAGGCGGAGGGGACGGAGCCAGGCCAGGAGGCCCCGCCCCAGGCCCAGGAGGCCCCGCCCCAGUGACCCGCGCCGCCCUCGUCCCUGCCCCUCACAGCCUCUCUGCCCUGCUCUUUGGAGAUGAAGGCCUCCGGCACUUCCUGGCGCUGACCGACCCCUCCACCCAGACCCCGGACCGGGCGGGGCGGAGCCGGGGCGGGCGCUGGUCUGGAGGGAGGCGGGGCGGUUGGCUCGAGCUCAGCCCGCUGACCUUUCUCAACUGCCCCGGACUCCCCAGACCUCUCCAACCCCCUUUCAGGCCAUCUUGUGGUCGCAGGCUGGGGUGUCUCCCCCUCCCAGCUAGUGGGGGCACACUAGCGGAAAUAAACUGCACCCUCCAACCGGA